AUGGAUAUUUGUAAGACACAUGAAAACGCCUCCAAAUGCAGUGUGAACACCAUGGAGUGCUUCAUGGUCCUCAGCACACAAACACAGAAGAUAAGCAUUGCCACACUGUGCGGCCUCUUUGGGACACUGUGCAUUUUCGAGAACUCUUUGGUCCUGUACUUGAUCUUCUCCUCCCCUGGGACCAGGAAAAAGCCUUCCUACCUCUUUAUCAGCAGCUUGGCCUUGGCUGACAUUCUGGCCAGCAUCAUCUUCGUCUGCAGUUUUGUUAACUUCCAUGUUUUUAAUGAAACUGAUGUCUCAAAAGAAAUGUUCCUGCUACAGCUGGGAGGGGUGAACACAUCCUUCUCUGCCUCCCUGAGCAGCUUGCUGCUGACAGCCCUGGAUCGUUACAUCUCCAUCAGCCGGCCCUCCGAAUACAAGCUCCUCAUGACAAGGAAGAGAGCGUGGAUUGCCCUGGGGGUACUCUGGGUGACAUGUGCAACCAUUGCUUCCUUGCCACUCCUGGGCUGGAACUGCUGCACGCUCGAUUCAACCUGCUCUGAGCUCUUCCCGUUUGUGGAUGACAACUAUGUGUCGAGCUGGAUCUGCUUCAUUAUGGUCCUGGUGGGAUGUAUUGUCUAUGCUUACACGCACGUGCUAUGGAGGGCUCACCAGCAUGUGGCCUACAUGGAGAAGCACCAAGUGCAGGUGGGAAAGCAAAACACCAGGAUGAGGAUGGACGUCAUGCUGGCCAAGACCCUUGUCAUGGUGCUGACUGUCCUUGUUCUGUGCUGGUCGCCAGUCCUUGUUCUCAUGAUCUACAGCAUCUUUGCUAGGCUGAGCAACCACCUGCGCAAGGUGUUUGCCUUCUGCAGCACCCUCUGCCUGCUCAAUUCCAUGGUGAACCCCAUUAUUUAUGCCCUGCGGAGCAAGGAGCUAUAUUCCUCCCUGAGGAUGCUCUGUUCUCGGUUCAGGAGGCAGCUGAAGGCCUCUGAGGAAAGCCCAGAAGCAGAGAGCACUCACAAGUCCUCCAUGAUAGAGACCGUCUGUGAGGAUGUGCAUGCAACAUUACACAAAAGCAGCACCUUUAGCAGGAAAACCUGCAAGGAGAGCAAAGUGGGACAGGGCCCGGAGAGCAGCGGGGCUGCUGAAACGCCUCCGACGAGGAUGAAGGACGCAGCCGGCCCUCACGUGCGGGUUUUGGAGCCCGGCCCUGGGCCUGCUCUGGCUGCCCGGGGAGAGAGGGGUCUCUGGGGCCAACCCCAUGGGCUCCCUCCUGGCCCCUUCAAUGGGGUGGAUGCAGAGGCUCAAACCGCAGGAAGGAACGCACAGGCGGCGACAGCGGGGCAGAGCCGGGCUGGGAGGGGGGGAAGGAGGGAGGAAAGGGGCCGCCAGCCCCGCUACCAGGCGGACCGCAGCCUCGAACCGGCGGCCCCUGGGCCGCGAUGGCGGCGCCUCGCCGUUGCCUCGGUAGCCAUGGCGGCGGGGGCGCUGACGUCACGCGGCAAGAUGGCGGCCGGCGGGCUGCUGUGUCUGGCGGCGGCGCUGGGGCCGGUGCUGGCCGCGCCGCGCUACCGACCGGACUGGGCCAGCCUGGACGCGAGGCCGCUGCCUGCCUGGUUCGACCAGGCCAAGGUGGGGGUGUUCGUGCACUGGGGGGUGUUCUCCGUCCCGGCCUGGGGGUCCGAGUGGUUCUGGUGGCACUGGCAGGGUGAGCACCGCCCCGACUACCAGCGCUUCGUGCAGCGCCGGUACCCGCCCGACACCACCUAUGCGGACUUUGCACCCCACUUCACCGCUCACGACUUCCAGCCCCGCAAGUGGGCCCAGCUCUUCCAGCAGGCUGGUGCCAGGUACGUGGUUCUGACCACGAAGCACCAUGAAGGCUUCACCAACUGGGGCUCACCCGUGUCCUGGAACUGGAAUUCUGUGGAUACAGGGCCCCACCGAGAUCUUGUAGGAGAGCUGGGACAAGCCCUCAGGGAGAGCAACAUACGCUAUGGACUGUAUCACUCUCUGUUAGAGUGGUUUAAUCCACUCUAUCUAGCUGACAAAGAAAGUGGCUUCAAGACCCAGAACUUCGUUUUAAAGAAGACCAUGCCGGAACUUUAUGAUCUUGUCUUAAAAUAUAAACCAGACUUGAUUUGGUCGGAUGGAGAUUGGGAAGCUCCGGAGUCAUACUGGAAUUCUACCUCUUUCCUUGCCUGGCUUUAUAACGAUAGUCCCGUCAAGGACACUGUUGUUGUUAAUGAUCGUUGGUGUAAUAACUGCUCUUGCCAUCAUGGAGGCUACUACAACUGUGCUGACAAAUACAAGCCAGGGACCCUACCAACUCACAAGUGGGAGAUGUGCUCCUCCAUUGACAAGCUUUCCUGGGGCUAUCGAAGCAACAUGAACAUUGCUGAGUUAAUGGAUGAAGCAAGUAUCAUUGAGGAGCUAGUGCAGACUGUGAGUUUUGGUGGCAACUACCUUCUCAAUGUGGGACCUACAAAAGAAGGGGUGAUUGUUCCCAUCUUCCAAGAAAGACUUCUGGCCCUUGGGACGUGGCUGGAUACUAAUGGGGAGGCAAUUUAUGAAUCGAAGCCAUGGAGAGUACAGAUGGAGAACAGCACAGACACGGUCUGGUACACUUCUAAGGGACCAGUUGUCUAUGCCAUCUUUCUGAUCUGGCCUCGAGACAAUGUUUUGAAGCUGUCCUCACCCAUUCCAUCCCCAGCCACACAAGUGACGAUGUUGGGUUUUGCAGGGACUCUGAAGUGGCAGAAGUCUCCAGGUAAAGGACUGCUCAUAACUUUGCCCUACAUGCUGCCGUCUCCUCUGCCUCCUCAGUCUGGCUGGACUGUCAAGCUUGAGGGUGUGAAGUGAUGGCUGCAGGAUGAAAACAGCAAUCCCCCCUGCCUUUCUUUUAAAUUGAGCCUAAGAGGAUUUUUCAUUUAUUGUUGAAUAAAUUGUUUUUC